GUAGAGCACGCCCGACGUACGUAGUGCGCGCGUCGCGAAACGAUUUAAUAAAGGAAUUUCGGAAAAAAAUAUCGAAAUUAAUACGAAUAAUAUUGUUUGUUAAUUUGAAUUUUGCAUGGAUGCUGUUCAGUGAUUGGACCUUUAAUUUUACGCCCGGAAUACUUCAAAUUUCAGUUCCCUAAAAAAAAUGUCUAAAUUAAAAUAGCACUUUGAUCUUCAAAACACCAGAGGAGUUCAAAACGAUGCUGUUUUCACAUUAACGUCGCUACAAUCCUUCUCAUAUGCACAGAGAAACAUACAACGUGUUCAGAGAUUCAUUAAAAUUACGGCAAAAAUUACUACAAAGAACCACAACGUACUUUAAAGUAGUCGAAUUCGUCAAAAAGGACGCAAUACGAUACUUCACAUACGAUUACGAAAUACAUCAAUAGCGUAUUAUGAACAUAUUCAUAGGGAAUCAUUCUAAUAAUCUUGUUAAACUUAAACAUUAAAAGACAAUAAUUUAAAAGUCGAAGUGUCGAAGUAUAAAUCAAUUAAUAAUAAUAAUUUUAAGUAGAAGAAUUUCGAAUCGAUUCUAAAUUAAAAACUAAAUAAAGUAAAAAGUUAACUACUAAAAAUAACAUAUAUUUGACAAGCGAUUUGACAGUUAAAAUGGCGGGAAAGGCUGAAGCGAUUGGGCCGAGAAAUGGUCAUGAGUUGGCGCCUUUAAAUGCUCGCGCUGACGGCAGUGAGCGACCUCAUGGAGUUACCAUCGUACUCCAGGGCUCAAGGGGAUCCCUACAAAGAGAAGCUCCUGAUGAAGAUCGUGCAGCCUGGUCAGGCAAGCUACAGUUCUUCUUAUCCAUCAUCGGAUACUCCGUUGGACUUGGAAAUAUUUGGCGGUUCCCGUAUCUAUGCCAGCAGAAUGGAGGAGGAGCGUUUCUCAUCCCGUUCCUGAUCAUGUUGGUGCUGGAAGGGAUUCCUCUCUUCCUGAUAGAGAUGGCUAUAGGCCAGAAGAUGCGGCUUGGCUCCCUCGGCGUGUGGAACACCAUACAUCCCUGGCUCGGUGGUAUUGGCAUAUCCAGUUGCAUGGUGACGCUCUUUGUGGCCUUGUACUACAACGUCAUCAUCACAUGGGUGUUCUUCUAUCUCUUCAAUAGUAUUCGGCUGUCUGCCGACUCUCUACCUUGGGCCCAUUGCCCUGUGGACAACGGCACUCGUGAAGCUGAAUGCAACAAGGCUUCCUCGACCGUCUACUUCUGGUACCGCGAAGCUCUGGACGCGUCACCUUCCAUCGAGGAUCCAGGAGUACCAAGGUGGUGGAUUGUUCUGUAUCUCCUUCUGGCUUGGAUCAUCGUCUUCUUUAUUGUGAUGAAGGGGAUCCAGAGUAGUGGAAAGGUCGUCUACUUCACGUCUCUGUUCCCAUACAUCGUGCUGACAAUCUUCUUUAUUAGAGGUGUCACACUCCCAGGGUCUGCAGACGGCAUCAUCCACAUGUAUAAACCGAAGCUGGAAAAGCUACUAGACCCGACAGUGUGGUUGGACGCUGCGACUCAGGUCUUCUACUCUUUCGGGCUUGCUUUCGGAUCCCUCAUCGCCUUCGGUUCUUAUAACCCUCCGAACAAUAACUGUGUGAGGGAUGUCCUCCUGGUCUCCGUGUGUAACGCCCUCACUGCCAUCUACGCGUCCGUCGUGAUCUUCAGCAUCCUUGGGUUCAAGGCGUUCACCAUGGUGGAGACGUGCAUGACCAAGGAGAUCAAGAUCCUGGCAGCUCUGAAUGUCUCAGGGUUCACUCCGACCUCCUCCCACGAUUACUACCGCGAGGAGUUCGGUAACCUGAACGAUAGUCUGGUUGCGAAGUACAACCUUACUGGAUGUACCAUGAGCAGGCAGUUGGAGGAGGCUGCUGAAGGUACAGGCUUGGCCUUCAUAGUCUUCACGCAAGCGAUCCUCAAGCUCACUCCAGCGCCGUUCUGGUCCAUCAUCUUCUUCAUGAUGCUCCUCUCCUUGGGGCUCGGCAGUCAGAUCGGCAUCAUGGAGGGCAUGCUGUGCACCAUAUUCGAUAUUGACUUCUUCAAACGACUUAGCAAACCUGUUAUAACUGGUAUCGUCUGCACCUUCUGUUUCUUCGUGGGCCUGAUCUUCACGACCGGCGCUGGAGAGUACUGGCUCAAGAUGUUCGAUUCCUUCGCUGGAACCAUCGGCCUGGUCGUCGUCGCUCUGCUUGAAAUGGUCGCUGUGGUCUACAUUUAUGGCCAUGUUAGAUUCACCAACGACAUCUACGAGAUGACGGGCUACCGGCCCGGCUUGUACUGGCAGAUCACCUGGAGAUACGUCGGACCAUUCAUCGUGACCUGCAUCCUUCUGUCCUCGCUCGUCUUUAUGCUGAUCAACCCACCCACUUACGGCGCUUGGAAUGCUGAUGAGGGUCGCGUGGUAAAGACUCCAUAUCCGACUUGGGUCCUUGUGAUCGCAGUGAUGAUGAUACUGGCAGGAGUUCUGCCAAUACCCGUGGUCCUUCUGCUUCGUCGCUUCCAAUGCCUGCAGUUCGACGUGGACAUCCACCAGGGAUCCAUCAGGAGGAUCGAAACCACCGUCUCCACGAAGGAGAUGAUGAGUGACCAGGAUUCUUCAGAUUCAGAGGACAACAUACGCACGACCGGCCGCUUCGAAGACUCAAGCAGUAGUGACGAGGAAAUUCUAAAUACAAAUAGCACAAAAGGAAACGUUCGUAGACUAGCGAUGAAGCCCAUUGGUCGAAAGCCGACCACAUUCAAAAUGGACGUCGUCGACGAAUGACCGUUACUUUUGAAAUUCACAUUUGUGUUUUAUAAUAGAUUAUUCGAAGCAGCCAAAACGAUUGUAUUGUGUAGGAUUAAUAUAUUUAAGUCUUGGGCGGUUUAUUUAUAAAAUAUUGAAUAAUUUUGAAGAUAAUCCAUUUUCCAGACAAUAUUUAAAUUAAAGGUCUCAUUUUUAUCGUAUGUAUUAUAAUCAGUAUAAUAGAUAUCAAAUCAUUUAGGUGUAAGCAGUGACGUAUGGAAAGACUUAAGGAGAUUGAAGCAAAGGAAAGAUUUCUAUUCAAGAAUGGUUAACUUUAGAAAGUUAGUUGAUAAAUCACUUUUGUCAAAUUGUAAUAUUGUAAUUUUAAGAUUGACCCCUCCAUACUUUUAAGAAUACUGAUCGACUAGUAUUUUUAGGGAAAACAUCAAAAAGGGGGGGACGUCAGGUGUUGUUGUUACCCUUGGGAGUCGAACUUACCCUUAAAAUUAUUGUGUUUCGGCUUACUCGCCUAACUGUCUGACGAGGAACUCGACUAGUUUCAAGCCAUA